AUAACGUAAACAAAACAAACCGGCGGAAUAAAUGGCUUCGAAGCGUUUUGGCCCUAUGAAGGACUUUGCGCGGGCCAAAAAGCCCCGUCUGGAUGUCAGCGUAACCCGGGCAUCCACACGGCCAAGCCCGCCGAAGACCAUGAUGGAUUUUUGGGAUGACGACGACGAUGUCAUCCUGAUGGCCACUCAGAGGGUGGAGGCGGAAAUCGAGGCGGAGGAGCGAAAGAAGAAGGCGGAGACAGAGAAUAACAGCGAAAUUACCUUCACUGAGUUUGCUCCUAUGGUCCAUGGAACAACCAGUACCCAGCAACUAUUUCCACCUCCUGCGCCGCCACCUGCCAAGAAAUCUACGACUAUGGACAUGGAUGCCAUCUUUGCCGACGAUGACGAUUUUGAUUUUCUUGCUGUUACGCUCAUGGACAGUGAGCCUAUGAAGCUGCCGGACAGCAAACCUAGCACCAGUAAAAGUCAAAUGGAAACCAGGACAACCAACAUCAGUAUACAACAGAAAACAACAACUGCAACAAUCGUGACUGCCACACAAUCCCGGCAGCAGGAGCACCAAAUCAAGUUCCUCAUGGACCGUAUCGAAGCUUUAAAGCGGGUUAACACAAGGCUGGAAAAAGAUCUUUGCGAUAGCAACGAACAGAAUGAGAUUAAGUCGGGAGAGGUGAGUUUGCUUCGCGAACAACUGAAGCACGUUCGACAACAACUGCAGUCCACAAAGAUGGAGAAACUCGCCCUGGCUGAUGAAACGAACCGGGAUUGUAGCAAAAAAGUUGCCGAAGCGGCCAAACAAGUAGCCGCCAAAGAUAUUGAGCUAAAAAUGAAGAACGCUGAGUACACAAAGCUUAAAAUUCAACAGAAAGCCCACGAAAAGAGUAUGAAUAUGAGUAUGAACAUGAGCAUGCUGCAGGCAGGCCCAGAUCCCUCGGAGCAGCGUUCAAUGCUGCGUCUCAAUAAGCUAAACAUACACAGAUCGGUUUCCAGGUUGAAAACCGAUAAUGGUAGUGUGUUUGAGUAUGGAGAGGAGCAGCAUCGGGGUCAAAAGCAAAGAACCCUUUUCGAGCUAGAGCUGAAAAGGUUGUUGCUUUGCUUUGCUCAGCUGCAAGCUCAACCGGAAUCAGUGGAAGCCCUCAUACCAAGGAUACUCUCCUCAACAGGGAAUGUUUUCGCAGAAUUUUCUUCGUAUUCCCAUAGUCUGGAGUUCCCUAACAACUGCAUGCUAUAUCCCUACAAUCCAUAUAAUCUGGACGAGCCAGUUCAUCGUGUAUCGCUGUCUCAGCAGAGUAGUCUUUACGAGAAUGAGCGUGCCUUGCUUUUAAGGCGCUACAUUGCCACAUUGGCCUUAAUAUUUCGGAAUCAGGAGAGAAUUGCCAAGGCUUUUUUGGAAGGGCAACACGAUGGAAUUGAAUUGUUGGAAAUAGUCGUUGAAGCUGUUGUAAAGCUAGGAUUUUCGUACGAGGUCAGCGAGCAUUUCGGACUUCUCGAAGCUUUAGCUUUUUUAUUAAACAGUCUUAUGCAAAGCGAAGAGCUUCCCCCAGAAAAGGAUGAACUAUUGUUUGAUCUGCUCAAACAGUUGGUCUUCACUCGUCCCAGUCCGUGGAUUUUUGGUGAGCUCAGUACCUGCCUUGUAAGCGCUCUUCGACAUCCUCAGAUGUUGGCGAAGAUGUGUGUAAAAAGCCCAAGGAGCUGCUUUGUAUCAGACCGCGUACGAUCAGUUUAUCGCUUCGGACCAGACUCCUGCUUUUUGCAAGUCUAUGCGGGGCUACUGGAGCUCUGCUUCUUCAGUGAAACACCUCUGAGGCAGGACCACCUUCAGUUGCUUCUUCAAAUUGGAGGCAACCAUGUGCACUUUGCUUUUGAAUGCUUUAAGAAUCCACCAGAUUUCAUAAUGGAAAAGCUUCCGUACUUUGCCGACGACGAUGAGUCGGAUAUGGGUGAUGGCACGAUAAUGAAAUCAGGAAUCACUAUGCAGGCAUCGAUCUCGAAUGGCUCCACCCUGGCAUCUAAUUCGAAUUUAAACAUCAAUUCAAAUUCCAAUUCAAGUUCAUCGCAGCAGAGCAAAGUCAACGACUGUGAAUGUUAUACGAAACUGUGCCUUAGUGUCGUUACGUUGGUGUUCCAGAUGUUGCAUCAGUGGAUGCUGCACCAGAGAAAAUUGGGAACUGAGCAAGUUAGCGAGAUAUCCCGAAUCGCCGUACAUCUUCUGACCCUAGUCUUCCAUGAGUAUUAUCUGACUUCUUUAUUCCGGGACUCCGAGGAGACGACAAAGCACUACUUAAGCCUGAUUUGCAACUGGUGGUGCGAAUAUGCGGAUUUACUGGGCUUCCAGCCAAUACAUUUGCGAUUGUUAAAUCAGCUAGCAAAGUCCCACUUCAUGCUGAAACCCCUUCACCAGGAAACAAACCCCAAAAAUCCAGGCAACGACCUGGCCGAGUGGAGUCGAAUUGUAAAGAAUGCAGAUGCCAAAACAUCAGCCCGGUCAGCCCAGUCAAGAAAUCCUUGUAAGCUUCUCGACAUAGACUUCUUUUCGGGCCUAAAAAGGGUUGAUUAUACAUUUGAAUAG